GACGGCAUGUGUGUGCGCGAGCGUGUAUAUAUAUAAUGUGUGUGUGUAUGCCUUCCUCUCUCCCACGGUCCCUGGGAAAAGUGUCUCUUCUUUAUAGUUCUCUUCUUCGCGAGAGGAAAAAGAAAGAAAAAAAGAAGGAGGGCACGCACGCCACGAUUCUUGGUGUUGUUGCCUCUUCCUCUCCCUCUGCACUCACAAGACUAGCAGAUAGCCAGAUCGUGUUGAGUUUAUUUCCUGUUAUUUAUUUUAAUUUAUUAAUCACAUGCUGAAGAUUUGGAGGAACAUCGGGCCGGACAACGAGAUUAGCAAUAUACGCCAGUAAUGUCUGUCCCUCCAUCGUCGUCCAAGGGAAUAGCCAGCGUAAAACCAGGUGGUACAAGUCCAAGUCCAAUAGAAGGAGUCGAGGGUGUCCCAGGUCCCAGUACAUUAGAACAGAUUCCAUUACCACAAAAUGAAGAGUUGGAUGAUUAUGGAGAAACGGCUGACGAGGAGGAGGAAGAAAGUACCGAAGAAGAUUGCGAGAUCAGUGAUUCGGGUCUGUUUUGCGAUGCAGAGUGUGAAGAAGAUAUUGACGAGACGGAUUGUCAAUCACUGGCCCUACAAAGGCAGCCACAAUUGCCACAACGUAUCCAAAGUCCAAAUUUGGAAACGUGCGUACCCUUGGAUGUCGUAUUACCUCCAAGGAAACGUAAAAGUGAGACUGAAUCCAGUUUACCUUGUAAAAAGCCCAGUCCUGAGGAAAAACCUAAUGUAAGUCUCAAGAGACUUGACGAGAAAGUGAAGCAUGGUCGACCAGUCAUUCCGACAAAGGAUAAUCCUCCUCCAGAAAUGAGUGAUUGGCUUAUACAAUUUCAGAGGUGGUCGAACGCGGAGCGUAUGCUCGCGAUCGACGAACUGAUCGAGCGCUGCGAGCCGACCCAAGUCCGCCAUAUGAUGCAAGUGAUCGAGCCCCAAUUUCAGCGCGACUUUAUCUCCCUUUUACCGAAAGAGUUGGCGCUGUCGGUACUCGCGUUCUUGGAGCCUCGCGACCUGCUACGCGCCGCCCAGACCUGCCGCUCCUGGCGUUUCCUCGCGGACGACAAUCUCUUAUGGAAGGAGAAGUGCCGGGCGGCGGGCAUCGACGAUCUCAAGGACGUACCGAGGCGCAAGAGCGCCAAGUGCGCGACGGCCAAUUGUUCGCCGGGCAACAACAGCGCCUCGCCCUGGAAGCAGGCCUAUAUGAGGCAGCACAACAUCAAGAUGAACUGGAGGACGAAGCCAAUUCGGCCGCCAAAGGUGCUCAAAGGCCACGACGAUCAUGUGAUCACGUGUCUGCAAUUCUCCGGGAACAGAAUCGUCAGUGGCUCCGACGAUAACACGCUGAAGGUUUGGUCCGCCGUAACUGGCAAGUGCCUGCGAACGCUGUGCGGCCACACGGGCGGCGUCUGGUCGUCCCAGAUGUCCGGCACGACGGUGAUAAGCGGCAGCACAGAUCGCACCUUAAAGGUGUGGAACGCGGAGACGGGCGAGUGCAUACACACGCUGUUCGGCCACACGUCGACGGUGCGUUGCAUGCACCUGCAUGGUAACAAGGUCGUCAGCGGUAGCAGGGACGCGACUCUGAGGGUUUGGCGAAUAGACACGGGCGAGUGCCUCCACGUGCUCGUCGGCCAUCUGGCCGCGGUGAGGUGUGUGCAAUACGACGGCAAGCUGGUCGUCAGCGGUGCCUACGACUACAUGGUCAAGGUGUGGAAUCCGGAGAGGGAGGAGUGCCUCCACACGCUGCAGGGACACACGAAUAGGGUCUACUCGCUGCAGUUUGACGGAGUGCACGUGGUGAGUGGCUCGCUGGACACGAGCAUCCGGGUGUGGGACGUCGAGACCGGUGCUUGUCGACACACCCUAAUGGGCCAUCAAAGCCUUACCUCGGGCAUGGAGCUGCGCAACAAUAUUCUCGUGUCGGGUAACGCCGACUCGACGGUCAAGGUGUGGGACAUCGUAAGCGGACAUUGUCUACAAACAUUGUCGGGUCCAAAUAAGCACCAGUCGGCCGUUACUUGUCUGCAGUUCAACAGCCACUUCGUCAUUACUUCGUCCGACGAUGGCACCGUGAAAUUAUGGGAUGUCAAGACUGGUGAAUUUAUAAGGAACCUCGUGGCGUUGGAGAGCGGUGGCAGUGGCGGCGUUGUCUGGCGAAUCCGCGCGAGCGACACGAAACUCGUCUGCGCGGUAGGCAGUCGCAAUGGCACCGAGGAGACGAAACUCCUCGUACUCGACUUUGACGUUGAAGUCAAAUAAAAUCAUAAUAAGCAUAAGCAAAUCACAAAAACAAAAAACAAAACAUUUAACGCUAACGAUUAUUAAUUAAUUAAUUAAGGACAAAUCAUUAAAACGGUAAAAACGAAGGCGUAGGGGCGUUAACCUGUGUUGCCGCUCGCACUCGAAUCAAAAAAUGGAAAGAUGCAGGUGUGAGGGAGAGGAGGAUGUAAGGAAAAGGUGAAGACAGAACAAUUUUCCUCAUGUGACUUCUGUAAAUACUUUAAACUUAGAUAGUAUAACCAAUCUACUGUACAAUGUUUCGUGCAUGGCGUUGCGUAUGAUUGUGAAUAAGACUGCUUGUGGCUGCGCUUGUGAGUGCUAUCCGGAGAGCAUGGUAAGAAUGAUUAUAUAAGAAAGGCGAAUGAGACACUGGACUAUUUAGAAGUACGAAGUGUAUUGUUAAUAUGAGCGGGUACAGACGCGUUUGCGGUAGCUUUCGUCAUUUUGAAAAAAUGAAACUGCAAAAUUAGUUUAUGCAUGUAACCCAAGUGAUUUUUUUAAUUCUCUCGAUUACCCCCCCCCCCC